AUGAAUUUAGUUUUAUUUUAUAUGUUUGCAAGUUUUGCACUACUUGCAGGUAUUAUGGUUAUUAGAGCAAAAAAUCCUGUGUACUCAGUCCUAUUUCUGAUCUUAGUUUUUUGUAACGUAUCAGGACUUCUUUUACUUAUUAACCUUGACUUUUUUGCAAUGGUCUUUCUGGUUGUUUAUGUUGGUGCUAUUGCAGUGCUUUUCUUAUUUGUUGUUAUGAUGUUAAAUGUUAAAUUAGCAGAAAUAAAUGAUAGUAUUCUAAGAUAUCUACCAGUAGGUGGAGUAUUUGGUCUAUUAUUUUUCGGUGAAAUUUUCCUUUUACUAGAACAAGAUCUUGUUCCAGUUAUGACAUAUGAAACACAAUCUAUCCUCUCUAUCAUGGAAUCUAUAACUAUGUAUAGCGUAUUUGGUGUAUUAAGUAGUGCAACACUCUUAUUUUCACUCUUUUCACAACCAUGGAAUAGUUUGACCAUUUUUUCUCAAUGGCAAAAGCAUUUUAUCCAGAUACAAGAUACUAUAGCAAACUACAAUACAUUUGUACAAGAACAGGCACUGACAGUAAAUGAUCUUGAAUAUGUUGUUUGGCCAUAUACAAUGGAACAGACAACAACAAUUCAUACAAUUGGACAUGUAGUGUAUACAUAUUACAUGGUAUUUUUUAUUUUAGCUAGUAUAAUUCUUCUUAUUGCAAUGAUUGGCUCGAUUGUACUGACAAUGCAUAAAGGUGUAUUUGUGAAACGUCAAGAUGUUUUCGAACAAAAUACUCGAGAUUUCUCUAAAACAUUACGAAAAGUUAAAUCACUAUAA